CGUAGUGUAUGUGGUGAGUCUUGGCGGGUAGAUGUGAAUGUCAACAUUGGGAAGAAAACGAAGAUGGAGGAAGUCGUCAGCUGUCGGUCUAGUGAGCCUAUUUUAACAGAUUCUGCUCAAACAAGUGAAAAUACGGGUUCACAUGUGUCAGGAGAGACCGAGGUCCAAGAAAAUAGUGCGGUUAAUUCGGCUAAAUGCGAGCCACGGCGGAGCAGACUGAAAGUCUUUAAUAAAGUCAUGGAGAAAAGCCUGCAGAGGCUUGUAGCAGAUGCGAGUUUCAACAGGUUUGCCCACUCUUUUCAUCCCCUGUGCAAGCAGAAUCCACAAAUGGCCGAAGUCAUUCACAAGCAAUUCAUAAGCGAUCUGCAGAAAGCUAUUCAGGAGGAUAUAAACAGAGUGAUAGAGGAAGGAGACCUGCAGGUGAAACUGGAGGAGUUGGACAGACUAGAAGAGCAGGCAAAAAACACACCAGGGCCUGCAUGGCGACCCAGUGGCAUUCCUGAGCAGGAUGUGUGCAGUGUGUUGAUUCCAUAUCAUCAGGGGCAGGAGGAGUACGUGCGCCGAGAGCUGAGGAAGCUCCAGAAAGAGAACGCAGCUCUGGCUCAGAGAGUACAGUCUGGUCGAGACACCAUCGUAAACACAGAGCAGCGCAUAGCAGCAGCUGUAGAUGAGUGGAAGGGAUCUGUUGCUGAUUUGGAAUCGUUCAUGUCGUCACUUUGUCCAUCUGAAAAUUUCGAAUCUCUUUGAACUCUUGUGCAACAUUCACGGUCAAAACUAUUUUAAUUGUCUUUUAUUUUUAAAUCUAACUUGUAUCGUUUUUAUUUUGCCAAAUGUGUUCCAUUAAAUCUUUUUUUUUUUUGUA